CUAGCUGAUCUUUCAUCACUAUGUUCAAGUCGGAAAAUGUAUGACGGUGAGGUAUUUUACCACAUUGCAGUUAAAAACGGCUUCGAAAGAUUACAAAAAUUACAAACAAAAUAUUGUAGUACAAGAUGAAUUCUUUAAUUCAUACAAAAAGGAUGGUAUCUGGCCACAGAACAGCAAUUCGCCAAUAUUACUCCUUUAAACUGUGGCAUAAUACCAAUCAAAUAAAUGGUAACUUAGCAUUUAUUUAUAUGGGUAGAAGAGAUACCAGGAAUAACAUUUUAUUAUUGAAUUCAACGAUAACAGAGAACCGCAAUAGUAAUAACUUGUCAUAUGUACAGUCUCGUUCAUUAUAUAUUACACCAACUUGGCAUGGUCAAGAAUCAUCUUCCAAAGUGGAAGACACUGUAAAAAAUAUCAAAGAACAAAACGAAAAAAAAAAUAAAGCACAAGGAUCCAUUGUUCAGAGUGGUUCAAAAUCAGUGGAAAAAGCAGAAAAGCUAACUGUAUGGCAAAAGGUCAAAGGAGAAGUUAUACAUUAUUAUCAUGGAUUUAGGUUGUUAGGUCUUGAUAUGAAAAUUUCAGCAAAACUGAUAUGGAGAAUUUUGAAGGGUAAAGAGCUCAGUAGAAGAGAACAUAGACUUCUUAUAAAAACAACAGGAGAUGUCUUCAGACUUAUUCCUUUCUCUGUUUUCAUUAUUGUACCCUUUAUGGAAUUUUUACUUCCAAUUGUUAUUAAAUUUUUCCCUGGUUUAUUACCAUCUACUUUCCAAACAGCAACAGAGAAAGAGGAUAAACUAAAACAAGCAUUGAAGAUGAAAAUCGAAGUGGCAAAAUUUCUGCAAAAGACAUUGGACGAUAUGGCAGUACAGUCACCUGGUUAUAAAUCGAAAAGAGCCAAAGAAUUUGCCGAAUUUUUCUAUAAAGUACGGUCGUCUGGUGCUGUAGCCAGUAACGAAGAAAUUAUGCAAUUCAGCAAACUUUUCGAAGACGAGAUUACAUUAGAUUCUCUUACUCGACCACAAUUAGUUGCAUUAUGUAGAGUACUAGAUGUACAAACUCUUGGAACAUCAAACUUUUUACGAUUUUUACUUAGAAUGAGACUUAGAAGUCUCACUGCAGAUGAUAAACUAAUUGAAAAAGAAGGUAUAGACUCACUUACUAGAACUGAAUUACAACAAGCGUGUAGGGCCCGCGGAAUGCGAGCGUACGGAUUACCAGAUAGCAAGUUAAAGGAACAAUUGUCUCAAUGGUUAGACUUAAGUCUAAAUAAAAAAGUACCACCUUCGUUACUGCUUCUUUCACGCGCGCUUAUGGUCCCUGAAACGAUACCUAUGUCAGACAAAUUAAAGGCUACCAUUUCUGCUCUUCCUGAUACUGUUGUUGCACGUACCCAAGGUGCAAUAGGAGAGAAAGAGGGUAAGAUGGACCAUAAAACGAAUAUUGAAAUUAUUAAAAUGGAGGAACGUAAAAUCGAAGAGGAGCGGCAAGAAAAAGAGCCAGAAACCAUCACUGUUGCUUCCCAAAACCCUAAAACCGACGAGAUUACAAAUUCGGAUGUGAAAGUAAUAGAACAGGCUUUAGAUUCUCUGGGGAAGGAUAACAAAAUGUCUGUCGAAAAAGAAGAAUUGAAAGAGCUGAAGGAAGAAAUGGCGGAGUACCAAGAAGAUAUCAAAGAACUUUAUGAAAUAAAAGCAGCUGCUAAAGGCCAAGAAGAUAUAGAAAAUAUUAAGGUAUCCAAAGGUGCUACACGUUUGUUUAAGAAAGUGAAUAAGAUGAUUAAUAAGAUGGAUGCAGUCUUAACACAACUUGAAUCUGAAAAACAAAUGAAAGAAUUACAAAAGAAUACUGUUGGCGAAAAGGAAACUACUGUUUCAAAAACUGCUGAAGAAUUAGUUAAGAUAGAUGAAUUAAUUUCGGUAAUUAAAAAGAUUCAAAAUGUACCUGAUCAGCAUCGAUUACAACGCAUAACCGAAAUUCUAGCAAAAAUUGACGACGAUAGGGACGGAUCUAUAAAAAUUGAAGAUGUCUUAAAGGUGGUGGAAUUAAUUGGUAAAGAAGAUAUUAAGUUAACUAAAAAGCAAGUAGAUGAAUUGCUUGAAUUGAUUGAUAAAGAAGAAAUCUUGGAAGAGAAGGGGCAGGCCGACAAAGCAGUACAAAAAGAUGCAAGUGAACUUAAAGAUGGAAAUUGUACUCAAACAAAAUAUGUUCCACCUAAAUCACCAGUUCCUGCUACACCAGUGACGACUGAGAAGAGUUUCGGCAAAGAAGAAUUAGAAGAAACUGUUGAAGAAUCGAAUAAAAGUUUUGCUGCACAUUCAUCCGAAAAAGAAAGAGAGAAGUCAGCUGCAGUUUUUAAGAGUAAUUCCAAUUCUGACCCAGUCAGAAAUCCUCCGUUGACUCCCGGUGUUCCACCACCUGAAAAAAAAGCGGAAGGCUCCAAACAGCUGUAAUAACCGCACAAACAAAUAUAAUUAAUGUAUGUAAUUAUGAAUACAACCUUUUUAUUGGGUACUAAUUUAGAAAGCUAUUAUAUUUUCAUCUUUAGAUUAUGUUUCUACCUCCAUAGUACGAUAUUAUUAUACUUUUUUUUUUUUUGUAAACGAACUUUUAAAGUAAAAAGUGUUUGCAAGAAAAACAAUUGUAAUAGUUUCAUGUAUGUAGUAACGCACUUUAUGUUAAAUGUUAUUGUUACAUGCAUGUCUUUAGAUUUAAAACAUUUGAUUAAGGAUAAACGAAACAUUACUAUAAUUUUUAUACUUAUGAAACUAAAACAGAUUUUGAAUUCUGAAGACUGUGAUGCAUUUAAUGGCAUCAAUAUAUUAUUUGUUUUAUGAAUUUUCUAGGCAGCACGUGCUGGACACAAAAACUACAUCUUAUAUGUAAACUUUCAAUGUAAAAAAAAUGCUUUUUAAAAUUGUAUGUUAUGAUAAUGUUACUAAUAUUGAUGAUUAGUAAUGAAAUACGAUAGAAAUAUACAGCUUUUAUUUAAAUAAAACCUAAUUACAAAAUACUGUAAUAGCAUAAAGGGAUCAUUCCGUCUCUUCAACUAUUGAUUAUUACGGAUUUAUAAUCCGUAAACAAUAGGUCACUUCUUUCGUUGUAUAACAGCUUCUUAAUCAAGGUUAAAACAAGAUGUACAUUUAUAAAUAAAAUAAUUAAUUACUAAAUAUACAACAGAGAACUAGUGGUUAUCUGUACGUACCGAUUACAUAAAGAUGCGAUUAUAUAAUAAAGUAUACAAUAUUUUAAAAA